GAAUAAUUACUCUUAACCCUGCGUGUCUGCCUGACGGCGACACGUUCUAGGGGUUUUGGUCUUGGUCCGCCAAAAUGUUCCGGAGACGAAGGAGCACGUCGCAUCAUCAGCAGCCCCUUUCGACAUCUAAUGCGCAAUCGGCGCAGUCUGCCGCCUCCCAUGCCUUCCUCCAGUCUCAGCCGUCCUCAUCGAGUCUUUCAUCUGCCGCCGCUGCCGCUGCCUUACGGAGUCUCACCCCCACUCCGACUCCAGUGGGAAAUGUUCAGACAAAGCGAAUGAUCCAGCGGCGCGCCUCCAUCACCUCCCAGUCUAGUAUCACUGGCAGCUUGCGCCCUUCUAGCCAAAAUACCCUUCGUCGAGCUAAUAGCUCAAGCUCUAUGAGCAACCGGACCUUCCGGGAUCAAUCCCCUCGCCGUCCGGCUUCCAGCUCCGGUCCAGUUCCCAUCGCCCCUCCUCUCCCUUCGAUCCCCCGGGAAUAUGCGACUCGGACACCCCCAAAUCGGCGCUCAGUUAGUGUCGGACCGACCUUGCGACCAACGUCACCUGUGAAACGGCAGCCAUCAGGUCGAGGAGUGAGCGUUGACCCGGCUGCCAGAGGCUCCGUUAGCCAGCCAUCAGCUCGCGGCCACGAAUUGGACCAUAUACCAGAGCUCCAGAGAGCUGGAAGUAGAAAUUCGAUCAACUUCUCCUAUCCGAUGAACUCUCGGCCCAACUCUCCGGCCUUGGCUUCUGAGCCCCUUGACAGACGGGACACUUCGGCUUGUGCAUCCCUAGCUGGCCAAUUAUCAUCCCCGGAUUCCCCGAGGACUCAGAAAUCCGCUCUGCAGACUGCCAAUACUUCUGCACGGAGGAAGACAAGGGGGGUUCUCUCGAGCAGUCCUGGGAGAAGCGUCCAGCCGGUAGACACCGCGGUCCUUGCAGCACAAGCAGCAAUCGUGCCCCGAAGCGAGGAAGCGGCAUAUCAGUCAUCCCCUCCUCGCUUAGCUGCGCCUCGAGAUCAGAACACCAGAGAUCUGACAUCUAAAGCUCCUACAGCUCGAGAGACUGGUGGUCGGUCAGUACACGACCAGCAAGAUCAACAUCAGUCUCAUGAUCCUGUGUUCAGUCAGCAGCUUUCAGAAACGGAUCAUAAACAGCCACCACGUUCGGUUCUAACAAAACGACCUUCGACCGUUCCUGAAGACUGCACAGGGGAGGAACGUGCAGAAGCAGACACCUCAGCGGAGGGGAUCGAACAUGCGCCGGUCGAGCGUUCCUUGCCCCAGACCAGAUCAACAGUCCGGACACCAACACCUGAAAAGUUAAAGGAUCUAUUGCCGAGUUCUAUUAUCAGCUCGCCAGAGUCUACUAGCUCAAUCGGUCCUGAACGGGAAUCCCGGCUGUCGCAGGCUCGCCCGCCGAGCAGCAGUCCCGGGAGAUCCACCCGCUUCUCCGAUCAGCUCUCGGUUAUGGGCCUUGUUGGCGAACAUCUGCACCAACCCCCUCCCCGCUCAGUUUCUCCCGCCAAAUCAGCAAUGAAGAAUCCGAGAAAAUGCUCACUAUCCCCUGAUGGAAGAAAUGGGGCAGUGCUGCGGCCCGGGCCAGCUCUUAGCGAGCUCUCGGAUGGGACAUCUGCUGGAUCUGAUGAGGGUUCUAGGCUUGGGUUCCGAAGAAAACCUGUCAAGGUUAGCUUUGAUGACGAGGCAGAAAUUGUUGGGGUGGCUGCGAGUCCACCAACCUCCCUAGAAGAUAUUGUUUUUGAGUCGCCUCCAGUGAAGCCCAAGGGGAAGACAAGUUUGUUUGGAAUUAGUAAAAGGAAAUCUGCUACAGUGGGGUCGGAUGAAUUUGAUGAAGUAUUCAAGCCUCGGCCUGAGCUCCCCUCGUUUGGUAGCAUACGAAAGACUAGGGAUGGUGAGCUGCGAGAACCUGCCCGGCAGGAUAUGAGUGAUAAUGAAUCGACAACUUCCUCAGAUCCUUCUGUGUCUCCAGUCUCCUUCUCGAACGACCAUGCAAUUGGAGCUAUCAUCUCAAAUACACAGUCACGAGACGCCAACCCCAAUGUACAACUCGACCAAACACCAUCACCUACCCCUGCGAUGACGGCUCAGAGUGGAGCACCCAUGUCAGAACUAGGCGAAAAUAGUUGUGUUUCAAAACAAGACACACAAACUAAACAGGAUACUCGGUCAGUAUCAUUAGAUUCACGUCAAGAGAAGAAGCUGGGGACCAGCGAAAGCUUGGCAGUCCCUGGGAUUGCAGUUCAACCAGCCACCCCAGAAGGCGAAAGAGGGCGGUCGAGCCUUGAUUGGUAUACAGUACCGGGAGGAUUUCCGCGGUCGUCUUUGGAGCUUGAUAACACAAUCCACGACUCUACUAGGCGGAAAGGCAAAAAACAUGCCCCAGGUGACCCUGCAGCUGAUGCGACUCGGAGCAAUAUGAGCGAUGAAGACGAAUCUGGCGAGAGCAUCUACAGUGACGCUGAGGAAGGACUUGAGGGUGAUGGUUUUGGUUCUAUCAAUGCUGUGGUUGAUGAGCCUACGUCCACCCAGUGCAAAGAUGCAGUGGAAGUUAAUAUGACCACGGAUAACAUACACAGCAUUGACCAAGUACCUCCGAACUUGGCUGACAUUCCCCAAACCUGUCAAAUUGCUCGCCUGGCAAAUCCAGUACACACUAUAUCCCUCUCGCCGGUUCCCGAAUCCCCAAGCUCAUCACAUGAGCGCCUUCCGUACUCGUCUCCAUACCCGCCGUUUCCCAAACGGUCCAACAGUAGGACGAGUGCGCGAGAAGCCCCCCGCUCCUCUAUGGCUGUGGGUACAGUAAGACGGUCUAUGUCUAUGUCAGCAGACGCUCCCGACAGUCGCCAUGCGCGUGAAACAACUAAUUCAGUUGUUCAUGGCCCGUUACAACCACAGUCUGGAAAUAUUUCCAAUCAGCCGCGUCACAGGGCUGGCGAUGAACAGAUCAAGAAGCGACCCGCUUCGUGGGCCCCAAACCUGCUGAAAGGUGCCCUUGAUGACGAUCUAUAUGUUAAUGGGAAAGGCCCCGAGCCUCAAAGGCCACUAUCAAACGGUAGUGAUUCAUCCAGCAGCUUCAAGAGGUCUAAUCGCCCCCGGACAGACUCCCCGCAUACAAUACGACGGACUCUGCGAGGUCCUUCAAGCAGCCCCCCCAAAGCCUAUUCUCCUCAAUACACAAAAUCACCACCUCCCAAUAGCCGACCUCUUUCAUCUGGUUCAGGUACCGGUGCUCUGCGUGCUACUCUGCGAUCAAACGAUACUCGGCGUGAGAAACCUGCUUUCUUCUCUACCGGAAAAGUGCAGAAGGCCAGGAUUACAAAGGCUUCAGGAGCAUUAUUCACGUCACGAUUCGCGGAGUCGGAUGAUGAGCAGGGAACGAGUCAACAGAAAUGGAAAAGCCGGUUUGAGGAUUCGAGCGACGAUGAAGAACGUGUGGUGAAUAAUCUCCCUCCCGUUCGCGGCAUACCCCGACGGGCAGGCGCCCAUGAUGGUGACUCAACAGAGUUAGAGGAUAGCUCUGAUAAUGAACGGCCUGGCUUGAUUUCUAGGGCUACCAAGGCGAAAGAAAGUGACGUCAGAACUGCUCGAAACCCUGCGCUUGCCGCGGUGGCUAAGUCCCGCGGGAUGUCCGAGGAAGAAAUGGAGGAGUUUCUCCGACAACCCAGUGGACGCAAAGGCAGUCUAUUUCAUCGUUUAAGCAUCCGAAAACCGAAAGUACCGUCAGAGCGUGGGACUUCCCGAUCUCGCUCGGAAGCCAGGAACGGUUCUCUAGAUCCUGAACAAGUGCGGGAGAACCCUGUGCUUGAUGAUACUCGGGGAAACACCGUCACAACAAUAACUACAAACAACACUAGACCAUCCUCCUCUCCCAGGCGGCUCAAGAGGGGAAUCUCCAGAUCUUCGAAUGGCGAUAGUUGGCCCCUCCGCUCCAAUCGCAAGGAGACGGACGCAGGUGCUCCGCUCUCUGCUCUGCGUUCUUCUGAGCGACCCCAAACGGCAGAUGGAGCCUUUCAAAAUGGCAACAUGUUGUCAAAAGCCAUGGAUGCUAGCACCAAGAAAGCCGAUCUAGCUGGUACCAAUACCACAGAUGCCAUGGACGUGGAAUUCGCCACCGGUCGAAAGAAGCGAUUCCCUCGACUCCGGAAGGCGUUUGGCCUACGAAGCUAG